AAAGUAGGAUGAAAUGUUAAAUGCGUGACUAGUACGGAAUUUCAUUGGCUCGAAAUUUGCUUACGCUUCGUGGAAUAAAAAAAUACUCCUAUCUAUUUCUUGGUGCAAUCACAUGGUAGACCAUUUACUUCAAUUAGCAAAAAAAUGGGAUGUGUUUCCUUUGACUUGUCCGGAAUAGCAUGUACUAUCUAGCAAACCAAACUAUCACAUCAAUUUCACACUAUUGAGUAUCAGCUGUUGCUUUAUCCGUGAUAGGAUUGCUUGCCUGGAUCGUACAGCAGCUCUUUAAGCCUCCACGGUGUCAGAGGUGAUCCGGUGGGAUCCUGUUUGUGACUAGGGCAAAUCGCAGCCGGUAGCUCGAUUAGGAAGGGCGAAAUUUGCAUUAUUUAUUCACAAUGUAAAGCUUUGGUUGCACCACAUUAAUGCUUGCUUGGGCGUGUUUUGUCGGUAUUUGAUCCGACAGAUGGUGCUGGCUGUGGCGCUACAAGUUCCUUCUAUAGAGCUCCUGUCAUCAGGAUUUGCCGUUUUUAUUACUUGUUCCGAUGAAAGUAGGAUGCAAUGUUAAAUGCGUGACUAGUACGGAAUUUCAUUGGCUCGAAAUUUGCUUACUCUUCGUGGAAUAAAAAAAAUACUCCUAUCUAUUCUUGGUGCAAUCACAUGGUAGACCAUUUACUUCAAUUAGCAAAAAAUGGGAUGUGUUUCCUUUGACUUGUCCAGAAUAGCAUGUACUAUCUAGCAAACCAAACUAUCACAUCAAUUUCACACUAUUGAGUAUCAGCUGUUGCUUUAUCUGUGAUAGGAUUGCAUGCCUGGAUCGUACAGCAGCUCUUUAAGCCUCCACGGUGUCAGAGGUGACGACGAACACUCGGCUCUUGAAAACAGCAGCAGCAAUUCUAGUCCUUUUUAUAUCCUAAUUCCACAAGAUGUUGUACCUAUUGAAAUGGCACGGUCUAGAUUCCUCGACAUCAUCGUUGACCAUUUUAUUUGUGAGAAUGUUAUUGAGGUGGCAGAACCCUCUGCGUUAGAAUUUCUCCAGGGCAACGAUAAAUUAAACAAAAGAAAGCAACAAGAGGCCCGAUAUGAAGGUGACCCAAGGUUUGCUUUGCCCUUGAUGUAUAUAGCAAACUUGUAUGAGACUUUGGUGGGGGACGUGAAUGCACGUCUUGCUUCCUUGAUUGGAUCCCGUGAGAAAACUAUAGGGGUAGCUCUUGAAGCUGCCGGCGGCUUGUACAGGAAACUGACUCAAAAGUUCCCCAAGAAAGGGAAUUGUAGCUUCAGGAGGAGGGAGCUCGCUACUUCCAAUGCAACAAGGACAAGGUUUCCUGAACUUGUGGUACAAGAAGAAAAGCGAGUCCGUUUUGUAGUAAUCAAUGGUUUGGUAAUCAUAGAGAGACCUAGUAAUAUGAGAAUGGAGGACGCAGAAUGGUUCAAAAGAUUGACCGGGCGAAAUGAAGUGGCCAUUUCAUCAAGAGAUUACAAAUUCUACUCACCUCGGCAUAAGAACAGGCGUACCCCGCUGCCAGCAUAUGACAUUGAUGGCACAUCCGUUUUGUCAGAGGACGAGACUUCUCCACUGGUUUGUUCUUCAGGAUUUCGUCCACCAAUUGAGAUGCAAAACCAAGAGCAGGCGUCAUCGAAGCAACACACCGAGCAGAUAGAAAGUCAGCCGUACCUGCACUUCCUUGAUCAAACAGAGCAUGGCACCAUCCAGCAAAACCAACAUACCAGUUCUCAGUUCCCCCUGAUUCAUCCACUCGCAUCGGCCUCAAAUCUGCCAGAUAACCCCCUGCAUUACCACUCUUAUUUAUCUCCGCAUGUAUCUUCCAUGCAAGCUGGAGUACAUGGCCAUCUUGGAGGGCGAGCGAAUAUUCUUCCAAGCAGCCCUGCAAAGUUUUGUGACGAGUGUGGCUCUCCAUAUCUAAGGGCAACAUCCAAGUUCUGCUCAGAGUGUGGCACCAAGAGGCUAGGGAUCUAAUUUGUUUGAUGCGUAAUUAGGGAUCCUUUUUGUUGGCUCCCAGUUGCAUGGAGGUUUUCAGCUCACCAUUACUUGAGCCGGCCAUGAUAUUGCUGAAUCUUUUAGAUAGUGGUUGGUUAGAAACUUAGAAUAUGCGUACUUUGAUUGUUGGACUUUGAGUUUGAACCUGAGCUCACCUGCUUCCUUUCAAAGUAGGUUUUUGACGCAGACAUGGAUGAAUGCAGAGCUGAUGUAAGCGACUCCGAACUAUUGUGUAUAUACUCCCCCCUUGCUAUAAUAUAGUGCAUAUUCAACUUUGACUAA